AUGAAUGAGUUUGAGAUGAAUGAUCUAGGAAAUAUGGUUUAUUUUCCAGGGGUGGAUAUUAUGUACUCUGAUAAAGGCAUAAUUUUACAUCAACUGAAAUAUGAACUUGAACUUCUGAAGAUAUUUGAGUUACUGAAUUGUAAAGUUGUUGUCACACCUACUGAUACAAAUCAUAAAUUGGAUUUUGAUUUUGAUGGUGAUGAUGUAGAUUCGACAACGUUCAAGCAAUUAGUAGGGUCUUUGAGAUAUUUGUGUAAUACUAGACCUGAUAUUUGUUAUGUAGUUGGAAUGGUGAGUAGGUUUAUGAGUAAACCGAAGUGGUCUCAUUACCAAGUUGUUGUCAGAAUUUUAAGGUAUAUAAAGAGAACUAUGAAGUAUAGAGUUUUGUUCCCUUCUGGUGCUGAAACUGGCUCAGAACUUCUGAGCUACUCAGAUUUUGAUUGGUGUGGAGACAAAAUUGAUAGAAGAAGUACUUCUGGAUACUUGUUUAAGUUUUUGGGAAGUCAUAUUUCUUGA